AUGACCUGGGGACUUUCCACCCGGCUCAGCCUUCCCGCCUUUCAAGGGAUCCAACCUUACAUUUGGUGCCGAAACCCAGGAGGGGUACCAAGCCCCGCGGGUUACCGCGCGGGCCGCUCCUCCCCUCCCCCAGGAGACAACCAGGGAACCUCUACUCAUCCACCCGAUCCGGCAGAAAAUGGGCACCAAAUCACCUCCAUAGCCCGAGUCGCUCUCCAGAAUCGACGAGCCCUGGAUCCCCUGACGGCUGACAAAGGAGGUACCUGCCUCUUCCUACAGGAGGAAUGCUGCUAUUACAUCAAUGAAACAGGACUCGUCGAAGACAACGUAAACGCCCUCCAUCGCUUAAGAGAAGAACUCCAACGCAAACACCAACAGUCCGCCUCCCCAAUUCCCGAUUGGUGGCGAUCCGCCCUCUAUACCUGGCUAACACCAAUCUUAGGCCCCUUAAUUCUCACCUGUAUCUUGAUCAUGUUUGCCCCGUUUUCUUAGGUUCCUUCGUAGGCACAUGGAGGAAGUCUCUCGGGUGGCCGCAAACCAAAUGCUCCUCGGUCCUUACAUCUUGCUUCCUACAGAACCCCCCACUGUUCUCCCCUAAGCCUCGGACUUCUGGUCGCCUGACUCCCCUUUCGACGCCCCUAUUCAGCAUGAAGUAGCCAGAGAUCAGAACGCCGCCCCAUUACACCAAAGAUGUCGGGAUGUAAGGCCAACUGGCCGGAGGCAGGGGAAUGCAAUCAGAUUCACAGGUUGCAUCAGACCGAAACUCUCCGGACCACCCAGUUCCAGAAACUGACCUGGAGACUUUCCGGACCACCCAGUUCCAGGAAAUGACCUGGGGACCUUCCACCCAGCUCAGCCUUCCCGCCUUGAGGGGCGGGACUAACAGUCCCAAGACUGAUGCAACCAGCACCAGAUAUUGCCACGAUACCCGAAGAGACCACCAAAUAAGGAAUAUCCUGCGCCCUCCCAGAUUCACCACACCCCUAUCCCUUCUUCCCCUAUAAAAUCUUGCCCAACCCUUGCCUGGGUGCGACUUCUCUGGCCCCUUUCUCUCGGACCAGUGAACCUCGCCCGGGAGC